AUGAGAGGAGGAUCUUCUAGUGUCGGACGAUCCUUUAGGCUUAGGGAUGAAGAUGUUGAAAUUUUGGAACCACCUCCUGUGGCACCCAAAAAGAAGACUGCAACCCGUAGUGGUAAGGUGAAGCAGACUGCCCAAAGAAAACUGGAUAUCCAAUCUGCUGAAUCAUCUGAUGAGCAGUUGGAUGGGCAGAACUCUGAAGAGAACAUUGUUGGUAGAAAUGAGGAACCAGAACAGGUUGACCAGGGAGAUAAAACUGUCACAAGAUCCUCUGCUAAAAGAAAGAGGUCCGCUAAGAGGAAGAGCACUCCUCAAUCCAAGAAAAAACAGUCUGCUGAUCCCACUGAUGAUCAGCAGAAUGAAGAGAACACUACUGGGAAUAAGAAGACUCCUGAACCUUCCACCAGGAAGUCUCCAAGGACUAGAUCUGAGGCUCAAAAUGUGGAAGCAUCUGCCACACAAACUUCAAGCAAGAAACGCUCUGGAAGGGAUCCUGUGUCUCAACCAGUUGAAGAACCCACUCCUCUUCCGAAAUUCAUUGAUGAUGAAGCCAGAGACAGAUUUGAGUUGGUCUCCCAAAAAGGUUUUAUCACCCAAAGACUUAUCAUUCCCUAUGAAUUCCGUAAACUUGAUCUUGAAUCUGUUGUCAAACUGAAUCUUCUUGUGCCCCCUAUACCUGAAACAAAUGAAGCUGCUCAUCAGAAAGAACCAAGAUCUGAGCCCACAAGGCCAACCACUGGUGAUGAGACUACUCCAGCUUCUAGUUCUCAGCCCAAGGACAAAGGUGUUCAAGAAGGACUAAAGAAGCUAGCAAUCAAUGACCAUGACUCUGCCUCACCAGAAACUGAUUCAAAGGAUAAUGAUGCUCAGAAGAAAGUGACUCGUGGUAACAAAGUGAAGCAGACUGCCCAAAGAAAAUUAGUUACUCCAACUCCUGAAUCAUCUGAUGAACAAAUGGAAGGGCAGAUCUCUGAAGGGAACAUUGCUGGUGGAAAUGAGGAAUCAGAGCAGGCUACCCAAAAUGAAGAAAACAUUACUGAGAGUCAGCCAACACCUGAACCCUCCAUCAGGAAGUCUCCAAGGACAAGGACUGAGACUCAAAAUAUUGGUGCAUCUGCCACUCAAACCUCUAAAGGGACACGUUCUGGGAAGAAUCCAGUAUCUCAGCCUGCACCUGAACCCGUUCCUCUACCAAAGAAUCUUCUUGUGCCCCCUAUACCUGAGACAAAUGAGACUGCUCAUCAGAAAGAGCCAAGAUCUGAGCCCACAAGGCCAACUACUGGUAAUGAGACCACACCAGCUUCCAGUUCUCAGCCCAAGGAUAAAGGCAAGGCUCCAGUAACUGAGGAAGCAUUUGAAGAUGAUGAUGAAGAAACUGAGGAAGAAGAGGACCCUGAACAGUACCGUCUGACCAGGAGGAGGCCUGUAUCAUCUAAAAUCACCAUCUAG